AUGGCUACUCUCCAAGCGCUCUCCUCCGUCCUCGUCCUGCUGCUCCUCGCGCAGCACGAGCGCACGGCGAGGGCGAGCACGCUGGAGGACACGUGCACGGUCGUCGCCUCCGGCGCUGGCGAGGAGGCGGCGCACCACUACUACGACUUCUGCGUGAAGACGCUGGGGGCGGACCCGGCGAGCGCGACGGCCGACGAGCUCGGCCUGGUGGUCAUCGUGGUGAGGAUCGCCAUGGCGACCGCCAAGGCCACCGGCGACCGCAUCGCCCGGCUGCAGGCCUCCGAGAUGUCGCCCCGGCGGCGGCUGGUCCUGGACGAGUGCGCCAACGACUACGCCUUGACAGUGCGCUGGCUGGGGCGCGCCUCCAUGGACUUGGCCGCGGGCGGGGACGAGGACCGGCUGACGGAGGCGGCCACCCUGCUGGAGCACGUUCGUGGCAUGCCGGCGCGCUGCGACAAGGCGUUCGUCCUCUGGGCCGGCGAGAGGACGCCGCUGACCGACGCGGACCACGAGCUCAACGGGGUGACCGUGCUGGCGUUGAAAAUCUUGCGCCAUUGCUUAAAUGACGGGGCAAAAUGAGCAAGUAGCACGAGGCCUUCUUCUACCUCCGGAAGAAAAUGAUCAUCUUUUCCGGCAGUGAAAUAUGAAGUUAAUUGCACAGAAGUACCAUAAUUCGGGCAUCACAUGCAGAUUGGUACCACGAUUGCUAA